AUGUCUUAUAAGUUAAGGACUAGAACACAAAAGAGACCGUAUGUCAACUCUAGCUGUGAUGAUGAUGGAUAUGAAAGCGAUUCUGAAAGGAGAAAGGAUCCUGAUUUUACCAGGACCGUUAGACCGCGAAGAAGGAAAACUGGUGCUUCUGUGAUGAUUGCUGAAAAUGCGGAACAAAGAAGGGUGGAUCACCCUCCUAAGAGAGCGAGGAAAUCAAGUCCUUCAGCCGGAGAACCAAGUACUUCUGGCAGCAAACCUGCAGAAUCUGUAGAGAGAACUAUAAUGUCAUGGUUGAUUGACCAAGGCGUAAUCAUCGAAAACGAGAGAAUUUAUUAUGUUGCUGAGAGAGAGGGGGAUUCGGAUGAUCGAAAACAAAGCAAAAAGGAGGUGCUAAAGAAUGGAAGAACAAGCAGAAAAGGUGUGUGGUGUGAAUGCUGCAAUGAAUUUAUGACAGUGUGGGAUUUUGAGACUCAUGCCGGAAGUUUCUUACAAAGGCCAUAUGAACAUAUCUAUGUUGCUCGAAGCAACAACUCCCUCCAGCAAUGUCAAGCUGAAGUUUGGCAGAGCAAUGUAGAAGUGGAGAGGCGCACCUUUAAUGAGAUUGUUCCUCGUAAUGGCUCCUCCGAUGAACAUGAUGAUGCUUGCCUGAUUUGUGGAGAUGGAGGGAACUUGAUCUGUUGCGAUAAAGCAUUCCCCAAGGAGAUUGGAUUUGCCCCUACUGUGUGUGCAAGCACUAUUCUCACCAGUUGUUUUACAAUUCUUGUAUUCACUAAUGAAGCUGUAUCUUUUGCUGUCAUAGAUCAUGGCCAGUGUUUGGUUAACAAGCAGGAGUUGGAUCUUAAUGCCAGUGCCGAAACGUUAGCAUGUGAUUCUCGCUGCAGAGAGGUUUACGAGAAGCUUCAGAGCCUCGUAGGUGUGAAACAUGAGUUAGAAGGGGGAUUCUGUUGGACUCUCCUCCAGCGGUUGGAGCCAGACAACUUGGACUUCGAGAAUCGCCAUUUAAUCACUGAAUGCAAUUCAAAAAUUGCAUUGGCUUGGGAGGUGCUGAACGAAUGUUUCGAUACAAUCAUUGAUAGGCAUACGCAGAUCAAUGUGGUUCAGAGUGUUGUUUAUAGUCAAGGAUCAAACUUCACCAGGAUAAAUUUUCGAGGGUUUUAUACUGCGAUCCUGGAGAAGAAUGAUGACAUAAUUUCAGCUGCAACUAUAAGGGUUCAUGGGACUGAGUUGGCUGAGAUGCCUUUCAUUGGAACUCGGGAAAUGUAUAGGCAAAAAGGGAUGUCGAGAAUGUUACUGGUUACUCUUGAAUCAAUUUUUUCCGUUCUUGGAGUUGAACAUCUGAUCAUCCCAUCAGUCCAAGAGCUUACCGAUAUGUGGAAGGGAAAAUGCGGGUUUUCAACCAUUGAAGAUGGCGUAUGCAAAAAGAUAAACAAUAGGAACACCCUUACGUUUCCGAGUACAGUUAGGCUGCAGAAGGCCCUCCACACCACCCCAGCUUGUAGUCCCUGUGCAGUCAUGGAUGUGGAUGAGGGUGCGGAUGCGGCUGCGGAUGGGGAUUUGGAUGUGGAGAGUACGGGUGCGGAUGUGGAGAGUACGGGUGCGGGUGUGGAAAUGGUCAGAGAUAGCUGUGCAAAACUAGCUGGAUUAGAUUUGAACCUGGAAUAUACUGAAUGUGAAGAUGAAGAUGUAGCAAGACCAGUGACAUAA